ACCAGAGCAGACAGAGAGAGGUCCGUCCCGUUUGUGUCAACAUCAGCUGGCUGUCGUUUCGCCUGGUGAAAUGACAGUUAGAGCGAUAAUCAUGUUUCGUUUACGUAAAUCACGUGUGUGAAUGUGCGCGUGUUUAGAAAAAGAAUAUUAUUUUAUUAAUAAUCAUUUGAUACAUAUAUUACAUAGAAAAAGAAUAACCAAGAAAAAUGAACGGGAGUCUGGAUGUGAUACGGGGUCCCGAACAGCACCCGUCGCGAUUCGCGGAUUAUUUUGUCAUUUGUGGAUUGGACCAAGAUUCGGGCUUGGAGCCAGACAGAUUUUUCGGUGACUCACUGCAAUGUACUCCACUAGAUAGAGCCUAUAAAGGCAAGGUGUUAGGUCAUUAUCCAGAUUCUGUACCCUGGAAUCACUUCGACAAGAACGCGGUCUGCAUGCUAUGUCUACCCAGUGGCUUGAGGUUCCGUACCCAAAAGCAUUCGAUAGAACCCUCGUUUCAUUCAUUUGUUCUCACCAAAGAAGAUGGUCAUCGUACGUACGGUUUCAGUCUUCUCUUCUACGAGGAAUGCCGUAAUAGAAAAAUAUGCGCCGCCAUGCAAACUUUACAAGCCAUGCACAUCACAGAAUUAAGCAGCGGACAAAAUGGCACACCCCCUGUCCCUAGACGAGGACAGGAUGGUCAUAACACCAGAUCACUUCCGAGACAUUUUAAAUUAUCUGCACACUCGCCAAGCGCAGCUCUUGGCUACUACGAUUCAACCAAAGACAAGCUGUUAGUCACAAAGUCUAUUUCUCUUUUAUGCCAACAGCCUUACCUUCACGCUGCUCGAACUUUUCUCACAAAUUUGUACAAAUGCGUUCCGAGGCAUCCCGGUCCAGGGCUUAGCUUGGAGUCUUACGUAUACAACCUUCUUUAUAACGUCCCCAUUCCUCUUCCCGGCAAAUCAUUGAAAUUUUUUGUUCCGAAUGACGAGCCGGCAAAAGCACCACUAGAGCUUGUAAUACAUCAGCCAAUGUUGCCGCAAGAGCUUCCUAUGCUCGAUUAUCCUCUCAAGGACGUAUUCACAUGGCUAGGCGUCGAUUGCGUUAUCCAGCUUUUUACUUGUCUGCUACUAGAAAAUCAAGUACUCCUGAGAAGCGCUGAUUUUCAAAAACUUAUGGUUGUUUCAGAGUGCAUUACUGCACUUCUGUUUCCAUUCUCGUGGCAGCAUGUUUACGUACCAAUACUUCCGGCAAGUUUGCAUCACUUUCUUGAUGCUCCAGUACCUUUUGUGAUGGGAUUACAUGCUCAAAGUGAAGGAGGCAAUUUGAAGAUUGCUAGUGAGGCAAACCUGUGUUACGUAGAUAUAGAUAAACAAAGUAUCCAAUUACCAGAGGAGCUGCCAGUGUUUCCUCACAGGCUGCAAUUUAUUGCCGAAAUUAGAGAUCUACUAAAUAAAUUCAAAGUGCCACACCCCGAUAAGACUGACAAUAUGGCCAUCAAUUAUUUCAACGCAGAUAUCAUGACAAGUAGCCUAACUCUUCCUGGGUCAGGCUUUCAUCACCCAAGGAGAAAACAUUCUUUACACGAUGUUCUGGAUUGGGAUAGAGCAGAACCCGAACCACAUUCCGAAACACUGCAAAGAAUAGUGGACCUUGUCAAAAGAACAGGAGUAAACUUGGGUGACAUUGACUCAGUUGAGAAUACAACAAAAGACAAAAUACUCACACCACAAGAAGAAUACCACGAUACUCUUGUAUUCAACAAUGCUUUGAGAGAAAUCUUCUUGAAUCGUUUUGUACAGAUAUUCUCUAGCUAUGAACAUUUCGUAAUUCAACCAAGUCAGGAUAAAGAGGAGUGGUUGUGUAACAGAGAUAGUAUGCAUGUCUUUGACAAAGCUACAUUUUUGUCCGAUCAACCUGCUCAACAUUUACCAUUUCUCUCUCGAUUCCUGGAAUCUCAAAUGUUCGCCUCACUGGUUGACAAUAAAGUGUUAGCCACUUGGAGUGAGCUGGAUCCGAAUAUUAAAGUAUUUGAUCAAAGAAUCGCUCAACUGAAAAAAAAAGUUGGGGAGGGAAUCGUUCGAUCACCUUGUUACGAAGUUUGUCAAGCAAUUACUGAGACCCAAAAGCUUCUAGAACAACGGUUGACCAAUGUAGAAUUAGAGGCUGUUCCACCAACUGAAAUUCUUCCGCACAGAGCAGCUUAUUUUCGGAGCUUUCCACCACUUGAUAGCGUUGCAUUGAACAAGGAGCCCACUCAAAGUCUACUUCGCAGUAGGAGAGGCCAGACGCAAUGGAAAUAUAAAAUGAAAAUGAUAGAAGCAAGUGGAAAAUUGCAAACUCCACAAGAAUCUCAAUCACCAAGGCCACAAACUAAGCUCUCUACAGACAUGAGCCCAGCACUAAUCGCGCAAGCCAACUGGACUUUUGUUGAAAAAUUGCUCAAGGACUGCAAGUCCAAAACUAAACGGAUGUUGGUGGAAAAAAUGGGAUCUGAAGCAGUAGCGCUCGGUCAUGGGGGCGAACUUCUAUCAGAUGUUGAAGAAAACACAUUGGUUGCUAGUCUUUGCGAUCUUUUAGAACGCGUUUGGAGUCAUGGACUACAAAAUAAACAGGGCAAAAGUGCCCUGUGGUCCCAUCUCACCACUUAUCAAGAAUUAGAUGAGUGUAAUGAUGCCACGAAAUCUAUAGACCCUAAUUUUCUGACGCCAGUCAAGAACUCAUCGAAUAAGUUUUUCGGGUUACCGGAUCUGUUGGUUUCAUCCAUUAAGAGCAGAAACAUAUUUGAAAUUGCUUCAUAUCUCAAGGAAAACUUCAAUGAUCUAUCAAACUUGGCACUUGAAACAGAAGUUUCUCCCACUCGGGGCAGAGAGAGACAAAAAUCACCAGGAGAACGAAAAUCAGUUGGCCCUGAACACUUAAGACCACUACCAGAUUCUCUAGUUUUUGAUAUAAGGAACGUGCAAGCAAUGACUGACAUUAAAACACAUAUGGGGUAUGCCAGGGCCUGGGUGCGCCUUGCGUUAGAAAAAAAAUUGUUGUCAAGACAUUUGAAAACUCUAUUAUCGGAUACAGCAUUAGUGAGGAGUCAAUACAAACGUUCUGCUUUUUUGAGAUGUGAAGAAGAAAAAGAACAGUUUCUAUAUCAUCUCCUGACACUUAAUGCGGUUGACUAUUUUUGCUUCACCAACAAUUAUCCUACAACCAAAUUACCAUAUCGAGUCGUGAUAUUUCCCAGUAGAAAAGCAAGUGCUGCUACAACAUCGGCAAAUAGCUGGGUCGCCAUUUCCGGCACCUUGUGUGAGACGAACCCUGUUCCUAUCCCCAGGGGAGCAUUAGAAUUCGUUUUUCAUCACAAAAAUCUAGGGGUGUUAUCAACAUUGAGGAUAGGACAUGACAAUACAGGUCUUUCGCCAAAGUGGAUGGUUGAACAUGUUGUUGUUCGAAACGAAGUAACAGGGCAUACCUUCAAAUUUCCGUGUGGACGGUGGUUGGGUAGAGGAAUCGACGAUGGAUCCACAGAAAGAUUACUGGUAGGAGGUCUGGUACCAAAAAGUAUCGAUAGUGAUGAGCUCGUAGAAUCCUGUUCCACACCACCCAGAUGUCGAUCACCAAGUAUUCCAAGACGCAUAACCCUCUCAUAUACCGAACUACAACAUAUGCUUGGGGAGGCAGUCAAUGCGAUUGUCAAAUUCCAUUAUAAAAGAGAACCACAGGAUGGAUCGCUGACUGCAUUGCUAUGUGGUGAGAGUGGUUUGGUUCCCUCUCUCGAGCAAACCUUUCUGUUUGGGUUCAAAAGUCAAAGAUUGUUUGGCAAAAAUCUCUACGUUUGGGAUUAUCUUGUCAGAGUCAAAGAGAACUUUGAGAUUUCUCUUCUGGAAGAAAUGGAUGAAUACUCACAGAGGCUUAGUAGAGACAGAAGAGCACUGACUGAAAAUAAUCAGCGGUUUACUAUUUUGCGCUGUUAUUGUCAUCUGAUUGAUCAAAUAAAUACGUCGAGUCAUACUCUUGGUAAAGAUGGAAAAUUUCAGCUAUUCAUCUGUUUAGCAGCUAGGGAACAUCUACUUCAUCGUAUGUUAAGCCCAAUGAGCGAAGCCCGAUCUACCACUGACAUGUACGAGGAAAUAUCUUUUUUGAGGAGUACCCAGUUGCUCACUUUCCUAAUCCAAAUACUCGAACCGUUGGACGAAUUUCACAUCGUUCUUGAAAAAAGCCUGACCCAAGGAAUUUCAAGCAUUUGUUAAUCGAAUGCUUCACAUUCCAAAUUUGAAGGUACGAGUCCCCAUUUCCCAGCUAUUAUAAAUCUCGGAUUCGGAAUUCUUUUCUUUACUUGAAUUUUUGGAAAAUUGAAGACACUAAACUGUUGUUAUUCAGAUUUGAUUCUCUGCAGUUCAUUGCUUGCAAAAGAUUGAAUCUAUGUUGCGAAUCGAAAUAAUAUUGAAGAAAACAGGAUAGAGUUUUGCAAAACUAUUUUUGUGCAUAAAUUAUUGUGACCCAUAUAAUCAAUCAUAGUCCUGACGAUCAUUAAUUAUCGGAAUUUUUUAUUGUCGACGAGUUACAUUCGCUAGAUAAUGUAAUAACUGAAUCACAUUUUAUUGAUUUUUGGAAAGUAAUCCACAACAUAAAUUUUUCUGAAUGAGGCGAAAAUGAUUCAAGGAGUUGAAGUUUUGUCGACCAAACUUGCCAUAAUGGUUACUAUACAUAGAUCCUGAAUAGGAUAUCUUAGGUGAUAUUUGUAGGUAAAUAAAAUGUUAGUGUAAUUGUAGAAACCACGUACCAAAGAUAUUAUUAUUGUUACUACAUUUAUCAAGAUUGUGAUGGCGCAACAAAAUCUAUACAUGACACUAAUAUUACGGUCUUUUGUGUUUCUUUAGUGUACAUAGUAGUUAGGAGAUUAAAAUUAAUACAGCCGUAGAUAUUUCACCUAGGAACAAGUGUUUUGCAUUCGAUCAGUUAUCUGUUUUCUUACAUACAAGAAUUUAGUAAAAUACUCGAAUUUCACAGUAAUAUUUCUACUUCUAUAUUAUAUCCAGCUUGAAUUUCAUACUAGGUAUUAUUGGCAAUCAGUAUGGGUACUCAUACUUCGUAGAGAAUCAAUUGUAUGUAAAGCAAUAAUUAUUUGGUAUUUUUCCAAAGCUAAACCAUAUGCAAUUCAUUUACUCCUUAAUAAAUAUCAAAUAGAUUUUAAUGAUUGAACAAUGAUCUGUAAAUUUUCAAUUCUCUUUACUACUUGAUAUAUUUUAUUGAUAUAGGUAAAAACCAGUGCUGUCAUUUUUAUAGAAAUUCUAAUUCUAUGGUCUAAUUAAUUCAUCCAAUGAUCAGUUGAAACGUUUCAACGAGGCGUGGUCAAAAUAGCACAAUACAAUUAAACUAUUCAAAAACUCAAGUCCGAUUAAAAAAAUCAUUCCGAUCAGUUUGAACUAUAAUUUUCUUAUUUAAAAGAUGAUGGUCCAUUUUUUUUUAAUACGAAUGUAUGGUCCUGCAGUCCGUAUCCAUGCAUACCAAUCACAGUGAACCACUGUAACGUUAUUGUACUGCCCAGAGAGUCUUUUUAGAAUAAUUUUCAGUCCGAGCUGUUAAGGUCAUGUACUAAAUUUAUUUUUUCAUGUUUCAAGCCUGCAGACGUUUUGGACUAUUGACAAAUCCAUAUAUUUCAUCAUGCAUUCGUUCUGGUUGGUUUUGCUUGACUUUAAUAGAUACCAGCUGCAUUGUAAGACAGUCAGUACGAUAGUUCCAUUCAAAGGUGACAUGCAUUAUUUAUCAUAUGCAAUGGUGAACUUAGAUUUUUCGAUUAGAUCCAACUACGUACUAUUUUCACUUUAUAAUCCUGACAAUUGACGUACAGAAUUCAAUUGGGUAAUACUCAAUAUACAGACUUUUUAAACGCUUGACCAUGGGUGAAGUCCGUGGACAAAUAUUCCUUCGAUUUUUAAAAUUCAACCAAGAGCGCUCUAAGUCCUGCCAACUCUGACAAUAACAUUGAUGGAAUAAAUGUCCUUAAUUUUUAUUUCAUUUCAUUUCAUUUCUAGUGUAUUCGUAUAUAAAUUUUAAGAACAGUACGUCAGGCUUACCCAUGACUCGUGAUGAUUGCACAAUACUUUCAACAUGUUGCAUGACAUUUAUUACUUUAAGUCAGUACCACCAUAGAUAUGUACCACCCUAUCGAACUAUUAGAAUCACAGCGUUCAAAAGAUACAGUACAAGUAUAUUUAUGUUACAUUAGUUUGACUAUACGAAAGAACAUUUCAUACUAGAAAUUCAUCUACCGAAACUCAGUUGUUCCUUACUCAAACCUCGUAAUUCUUGUACAUAUACCAAAUACAAAAAUUCAUGUAAACGUAGAAUUAUGUAGAAAUACUUUGGCGAAUCUGAAUAAUGUUUUCUGAAUGUGUAUAUAAUGUAGCUUAGCGGAAAAUUGUACAGUGAAAUAAAUGAUUAUUGAUUAUAACGGAA